GCCUCCUUUCCGCCUCCCCCCCACCCCGGCUCCCGUCGCCGUCUCCCCCGCCCUUCCCCUAAAGUGAGUGAGUGAGACCGGCAGAUGGAGGAGGGACUGUAAUGGCGGCGGCCGGCUGCUCCUCACUCUGACCCACGGGCAGGCGUACCGCGACGACCCCCUCCCCGCCCCUCUCCCGGCCGGCCUCCGCCCCGCCGCGCGCGCGGGGCCAGUCUCUCCGGCCCUUCCCCCGCAGCAGCAGGCGUCUCUCCCUGCGCCCCGGCCGGGGCCCCCCCACACACAAUGGACGAGCUCGCCGGAGGCGGCGGUGGAGGCCCGGGGAUGGCGGCCCCUCCCCGGCCUCAGCAGCAGCAGGGACCAGGGGGGAACGGAGCCGCGGGCGGCGGGGGUCCCACAACGGCCUCCGAGGGCGCGGGUCCCACGGCAGGCCCCGAGCUGUCCCGGCCGCAGCAGUACACUAUCCCGGGAAUAUUGCACUACAUCCAGCACGAGUGGGCUCGGUUCGAGAUGGAGCGAGCGCACUGGGAAGUGGAGCGGGCCGAACUGCAGGCCCGGAUAGCAUUUUUACAAGGAGAAAGAAAAGGUCAAGAGAAUUUGAAGAAGGAUUUAGUACGAAGAAUAAAGAUGUUAGAAUAUGCAUUAAAACAAGAAAGGGCAAAAUAUCACAAAUUAAAAUAUGGCACAGAACUCAACCAAGGUGACUUGAAAAUGCCAACUUUUGAAUCAGAAGAAACCAAAGACACAGAGGCUCCCACAGCACCUCAGAAUAGCCAGUUAACGUGGAAGCAAGGCAGACAGCUGUUAAGACAGUAUCUUCAGGAAGUAGGAUAUACAGAUACAAUAUUAGAUGUACGGUCUCAGCGGGUAAGGUCAUUACUUGGACUUUCUAAUUCAGAACCAAAUGGAUCAGUAGAAACAAAGAAUUUAGAACAAAUCCUGAAUGGAGGUGAAUCUCCUAAACACAAAGGACAAGAAAUCAAAAGGCCCUCAGGUGAUGUUCUUGAGACGUUUAAUUUCUUAGAAAAUGCUGAUGACAGUGAUGAAGAAGAGGAAAAUGACAUGAUUGAAGGCAUCCCAGAAGGAAAGGACAAACAUCGGAUGAAUAAACACAAAAUAGGUAAUGAAGGUUUAGCUGCUGACUUAACUGAUGAUCCUGAUACUGAGGAAGCAUUGAAAGAAUUUGAUUUUUUAGUCACUGCUGAAGAUGGAGAAGGAGCUGGAGAAGCACGGAGCUCAGGGGAUGGCACCGAGUGGGAUAAAGAUGACCUCUCCCCAACUGCUGAGGUUUGGGAUGUAGACCAGGGACUAAUAAGUAAACUGAAGGAACAGUACAAGAAGGAACGAAAGGGGAAGAAAGGGGUGAAGACUGAACCAAUAACGUUUCCAUCUGGAGGAGGCAAGUCAUUUAUUAUGGGUUCUGAUGAUGUUUUGUUAAGUGUACUGGGCCUUGGAGACCUUGCAGACUUGACGGUAACAAAUGAUGCAGACUAUAGUUAUGAUUUGCCUGCCAAUAAAGAUGCCUUUCGAAAGACGUGGAACCCCAAGUAUACACUACGUAGCCAUUUUGAUGGAGUGCGGGCAUUAGCUUUUCAUCCUAUUGAACCUGUGCUUGUCACUGCCUCUGAGGAUCAUACUUUGAAACUUUGGAACUUGCAGAAAACAGUUCCAGCCAAAAAGAGUGCCUCUUUAGAUGUAGAACCCAUCUACACAUUCAGGGCUCACAUUGGCCCUGUUCUAUCAUUAGCUAUAAGUUCCAAUGGAGAACAGUGUUUUAGUGGAGGUGUUGAUGCAACCAUCCAGUGGUGGAAUAUGCCUAGUCCUAAUGUGGAUCCAUAUGAUACAUAUGAGCCAAAUGUCCUAGCUGGCACUUUAGUUGCACAUUCAGAUGCUGUCUGGGGUCUUGCUUAUAGUGGCAUAAAAAACCAGUUACUGUCUUGUUCAGCAGAUGGCACUGUUAGGUUAUGGAAUCCACAAGAAAAAAUGCCUUGUAUUUGCACUUAUAAUGGAGACAAGGAGCAUGGAAUCCCUACUUCAGUUGACUUUAUCGGCUGUGAUCCAGCUCAUAUGGUGACCUCUUUCAACACUGGUAGUGCGGUAAUUUAUGACUUGGAAACAUCACAGUCACUGGUGAUGCUGUCCUCACAGAUAGAAUCUGGUUUACAAUCCACUAAUCACAUUAAUAGGGUAGUAAGCCAUCCCACACUUCCUGUAACAAUAACUGCUCAUGAAGAUAGACACAUCAAAUUUUUUGACAAUAAAACGGGUAAAAUGAUCCAUUCUAUGGUAGCUCAUUUGGAUGCUGUUACAAGUCUAGCAGUAGACCCCAAUGGAAUCUAUCUGAUGUCUGGAAGUCAUGACUGUUCUAUUAGAUUAUGGAAUUUAGACAGCAAGACUUGUGUGCAAGAAAUAACAGCUCAUAGGAAGAAAUUGGAUGAAUCAAUUUAUGAUGUUGCUUUCCAUCCCUCAAAAGCAUAUAUUGCCAGUGCAGGAGCUGAUGCCCUUGCCAAAGUAUUUGUGUGAAUCAGUGAAAACUGACAUCAUAGCAAAAGAUUUGCUUGGACAGAAAAAGGCUCUGCAUCACUGCCAUCGGAAAAGGUUACUGAUUCAACGCUACCUGCGAUCCGCCUGCUGAAGGCUAUCUGGGGCAGGUAUAAGUUGGUGGGAAUCACAUCUUACUGUCUGGCUCAUUAAUUUAACUCUAAUUACUAUAUUUCAUGGGACAAAAGGAAAAAAGGACUCCAGUAUUUGUAGCCUGUACUGGGUAUGAACUGAGCAUAUGUUUUUGUUGUGUGUAUGAGUGUGAGAGUGUGUGUGUGUGUGUGUGUGUGUGUGUGUGUGUUGGUUUUGUUUUGUUUUUGAAGAUGUCUUUAAACCAAUGUGGAGUCUGAUCUUACAAAAAGACUUUUUUUUGGAUUGUGUGCUGCCUUAGGGUUAGGAAUGUGGUGCUCUUGUUGGGGGAAGUGAGCUCUAAGAGUAGCUGUUUUUCAUCUCUUAGUGAUCCUUUGUUUAUCAGUUGAAUGCCACAGAUUCCCUUUUAAACUUAUUUUGCUUUAAAAAAGAAAAAAAGGAAAAAGAAAAUUUAACUUAAAAUAUUUUAGCAUUAGUUGCACAAAAUGUUUGGAUAAAAUUCUAGUUUUUAUAAGUCUUUUUAUAUAUUUAGCCUGUCACUACAGUGCUCAAGAUUGUAUGAACGUUUUCUGCAUUCUACACCCUCAAAACAGAGAACUCGCUGACCCACUGCCCUGUAACCACUUACUUUCCUCCUUUUGCCUGAUACAGCUCAGCUAAGUCCUUCCAUAAAGAUGCUAAAUUACCUUCAACGUCAUCUAAAUGUCUUCAUAAACCAAGGACUAUUGAGUGUAUUAAUAUGAAACAGUGGAGUUUAAUACUCCAAAGGAACUCUUUAAAAGAAAAAAAAAACUAAUCUUGGCAUCCUAUCACUAUGUGAUAUUUUGUACAUCUUACUGUAUUUACAAGUUUAUUUAUCAAGGAUUAUCCAUCUUGCUAAUGACCUAUUAUUUAUUUCACUUUUUGUUGGUCUUUAUAUCCUUUUAUUAAUGUGCUAAAGGAACCUGUAUAUCUAUUUUGGAACUCUUUGAAUAGUCUAAAAUAGACUAAAAAUGGAGUAUUUUAUAGCUUAAGUUACAAACCAAGGUGAUUCUCCCCAAGAUAAGUAUCUUGGUUCACCAUGAUUCCAGACAAAACUAUCUUGUUUAAAAGUAUUUGGAGUAAAAUUUUAUUUGCAUUACAAAUAGGGUACAAAGAAUAGUUGAAUCAGGAUACAGAAAUCUGUUUAGACUAGUUUUUCCCUGUUUUUUUUUAGAUGUGCUUAAUUUUAUGGUGUGACUAAAGAUUUUGUUUGUGUAAUGCAUGAUUAAGACAAUAAAGUAUUUUUUCUAGUCUUCCAAA